GUAUUUUCAUACCAAUUUUAACAACAGGUCAUUGUGUAGAUAAGGAAAUGCCUUCGAUAUCACCUGAUGGUGAAAAUAUUAAAGAAAACACUUUUUUACGAUUAAUAACAUCAUCGGACCACCGUGGCUAUGAAGGCCAGACUGUUUUAUCUGGAAAGUUUUCGUGGCCUUCUGGUGCCUUGUAUGAGGGUGAAUAUAAAGAGCACCGAAGACAUGGGGCUGGAAAACAAACUUGGCAAGAUGGUUCAACGUAUAAAGGGGAAUUUAUGAAUGAUAUGAGACAUGGACAAGGAAUACAUAAGUGGGCAUCUGGAGAGAUAUAUGAAGGCAGUUUCUACAAAGACCACAUGCAUGGUAGUGGUAGAUACACAUGGAAUGAUGGAUCUGUCUAUUCCGGAACUUUCUAUCUUGACCGCAAGGAAGGAUAUGGGUGUUUAACUUUCGUGAAUGGUGAUUUGUUUGAAGGCCUUUAUAAAUCUAAUGAAAGAUUUGGUCCUGGCAUUUUGACAUAUGCAAGUAACACUGGUUGUAAAGUGCAAGACAUUGGAUGGUGGUUCAGAGAUAAGUUAAUAAGACUUUGCAGUGAAGUAAAUGGAGUGUUCAGCUUGACAGAUCAUGAUGAAUAUGAAUAUUGUGAAGAUGAGACACAUCAUGAAAUUAACUUCAACGAAGAUGAAACUUUUGUUCAAGAUGCUUUACUCGCCGACGAUGUAACUUCAUAUAAUUUCCAAUCAUCUCAGUUUAAAUUUGCAUUAUCCUCUGAUAACACAGCCUUACCAAAAGGCAUUGAAUCAUAUUCAAAAGAUUUUGAACAUUUGCCAGUGACCAGUAAAUUAAAAGAGGAAUUGAACAUUGCUUUUUUCGGUACUUCAUAUGAUACAAUAUUAAAAGAUCGACGAAUUCCCAUUAAAGCAUUUAAUAAUUCUGUUUUGAGCAAGAAAAUCCAAAAGCAUAUUCAUACUCAUCAGUUUGCCGAGAAGCAUUUAUCAUUUUUUCCUGGUGAUGUCUUAACUAAAGAAAGAUCAAAUUUUGAGUCUAAACCUGGGCCUUUAGAAGUUGCUUCUAUGCGACUUAUUGUUAGUAGUGCUGAAGGUGCAACCCAUAAAGUGUAUUCCAUACUUAAGUCUGGUCUUGUUAAUCCUAAUGUGUGCGAUAGAGGAGGUAGUGUUGCUAUUGUUUCCGCUGCUACUAACUGCCACCUGGAUGUGGUGAACAUCUUGCUUGACAUGGGUGCCAACAUUAACCAGGUGAAUGAUGAAGGCAUAUCAGCUUUAACAGCCUGCCACAUUUUCUAUUAUCCUGUUGAUCAUUUUAAACAAAAUCUGACUGAUAAAUUGUUCAAAAAUGUUUUACCAAAAAAGAAGAAAAAAGUGAAAACUGGAAGAAAAAGUAAAAAGUCAUGUCCAAGCAGCCCUAAGCAUAUUCGUCGAUUGUCAUUCUCUGAACACCGGUCUCCAUCCCCUGAUAGUUUGUUAAAGCGAAGAAUGACACUUGCAUCUCCAGUUCUUUCUUCAUCUGAUGAUGACAAUGCAUCUUUCCUUGAUGACAUCAGUUCAACCACUUGUAUUGAGAUGUGCAAAAGUGAUUUAAGAAUCCUGAAAGGUUUACGGGUUAAGUCAGCUGAUAAAAUAAGGAAACAAAAAAUGUUGGAGUUUAUGGCGCCACCAAGUGAUGGUUCAAGUGAAGGAGCUUCAAAAACAUCAACGGAAUUGGCAUUUGAAUCGAAUGAAAAUGUCUUCGAUCUUGAAGCAAAAGUUACUGAUGAUUUGAUUGAACGAACAGCUACAUUGUUAAGUCGAAACGAACGAGCCGUUAGUGGAGUAUCAACAAGGAACGGACAAGCUAUUAUGUUGGGCACUGCUGGUGCUUUGGCUGUGUGGAAAGCUGAACACAUCCAGUUAAGGAAAAUGAUGGAUGUAUUGCUGGUGAGGGGGGCUGAUCCUAACAUUGGGGGAAUACCCUUCCCCCCAUUGUUGUUUGCCGUGAAAGCAUCGGAUGUCGAUGCAGUUUCCUCGCUACUACGUAGAGGAGCAAGAACCGACUUCAAACUUUCUGAUAAACUUGGUGGAUACACAGCUCUUCAUAUAGCCAGCGGUAUGAUGUGCCAUGAAGGAGUAAAGAUUGUGGAACUUUUAUUACAUGCCAAUGCUGACCCUAACACGUGCGCUCUUGAAAAAGUUACCUUGAAGGAAAAACUUCAACCUCGCAUGGGCAGCACAAAGUUGGAUGUUAAGUAUAAUACAGAUGAUAAUAAAAUGAUGAUGAUUCAUGAUGAAGGUAUCACGCCACUUCAUGUAGCUUCUCACAGGGAUGAUAAUUAUAAGGAUGCAUGUUACAUCACUCACUUACUUCUUGAUAAUGGAGCACAACCUGAUCGUAUCUGGAUGGGUCAUUCACCUCUAUCAUUAUCCAUUGCAUCUGGUAAUGAUCUGUGCAUAAGAAAACUAUUGGAGUUUGGCGCAAAUGCAAGUCUUGAAUUAACUCAUGAGUUAGGAAGUGCAUUGUGUGUUGCUUCUGAUCCACAAUAUGAAUUUAGAAGAACACCAGCGGAGAGAAUAGCUUUGGUUGAUCAACUUGUGAGCUUUGGUGCAAACAUGUUAGCUCCAGUUAAAUUUGGAAGCAAGUCUUCCACAGGGACGGUUGUUGAUUAUGCUCACUGGAUGUUUAAUAAGGAUACGAGAAUAUCUAGAACACCAUAUCAUGCAUUGACUAUUAAGGAAAGGGAAGCAUAUACUGCAAGGAAAAAUCUUCUGUCUCACCUUGGUUGUUUGUUACGUGAGAGCGCUGUUAACUCAGAAAGGGAAUAUUUGAAGCAGAAGUUUUAUAAUGGUCUCAAAAGUCGGAGCGGAAGUCGAACCGACACCUUUCUAUACGCGGGGGUGGCAGAGAAAACAACAAACAAUUCGUUCGUGCACGAUCAAGAAGAUCAUUCAACCAGCAGGGUCAGCUUUAAUCGACCACUAAAAAAUGUUAAACUUAGAUCAGAUCAGGUCAAAUCUACAGUUGAUAGAAUGAACAACAAUGUUGGCGAUGGAGGAUCAAAGUCUUCACCUAACCCCAAGAAAUCUCAGUUCAAAUAUUGCUAUGACUGUGGUCGUUCAGUUGGUGUCCAUCUUACCUCAUGUACUCGAUGCCAUGAAGUUUAUUUCUGUAGUAGAGCAUGUAAGCUGAAAGCAUGGGAGGAGAGACAUAAGAAUGAAUGUUUAAGGAUUAAAGCUUCUCGUCCAAUGGGAACGGAUCCAACCCAAGAAGAAGUUUCUCUCAUGUUCACGCAACACUCACUGGCAGACACAACUCAUACAGCUUAUUAUAAAACAAACUCAAUCAUUGGGAAUAUUCUCAACCAACAAAUGUUGCUUGCAGAGGACACCAUAUACCAACAAGUUCCAUCUCGUAACCAUAGAUCAAGCAUUGUUAAACGAACCUUUAGUUCUAAAUCCUCGUUGAAACGUCAUGUCAGUCCAUCCAGAAGUGAUACAACAUCAAGGCUAAAGCCACAGUCAGUUCGUCGUAACACUGCUAAAACAUCCGCCAAAAAUCGACAUAAAGUUGGAAAAGAUGUUGAAUUUGGGACGACCGGUACAACACUAGCUGAACUUGGUAUUUCAGAGAACUACAGUUUCAAUUAAAUUGCAUCAGUUUAUUAGUGCUUAGUUGCCAAACAUAGAUUCAUUAGCUUCAAUGUGCCAAACCUAAUCACUGUAGAUUUGACCUGCAUUAUUUUUCUAAUUUGCCAAACUUAUUAUGCAUAAGACUUAGUUAUAGAGAUUUCAUAUUUGUUAAAUAU